GUUUCUUGCUUCUUUCUUGUUCUCAUGCAUAUGACGAAUCUAUCCAUAACGACGACGUUUCCCCUUCCCGAAUGACACCUUUUUCUUAAUUUACGGUUUCAGAAUUUUCCCAAUUCACUCCGAGAUUUUUACAAAAUUUUCUCCCAUCGUACGAAAAAAAAAAAGUGAUGGGAUUAUCACAAAAGAGAGUUAAAUCCUGUGGAAGCUUUUAAUUUUAGGACAAAUUAAUUAUCUUUUGAAUACAAUUGUACUAAAAAAAUGCCUGUGAAACCUGGGCAAUCGUCGUAUCGGGACCGAACGCAGGAGUUUUUGAGCGUAGCGGAAACGCUAAAAAAGUCAGUUUCAUCCGCUAAUAAUGCGAAGUUGAGUAAUAGCAGCAGUAGCGUUAGCACGAAGCCCGAGGAUCGGCGGUCUGCGGCGGCAGUUCAAUCGGAAUUCAACAGAAGGGCCUCGAAGAUCGGGUUCGGUAUCCAUCAGACAUCACAGAAGCUAGCCAAGCUUGCUAAACUGGCGAAGAGAACAUCAGUGUUUGAUGAUCCAACUGCUGAGAUCCAAGAACUGACAUCUGUAAUAAAGCAAGACAUUACUGCACUUAAUUCUGCUGUAGUGGACCUCCAACUGCUUUGCAACUCACAAAAUGAAAGUGGAAAUAUUUCUAGUGACACCACAACCCAUUCAACAACAGUUGUAGAUAACCUAAAGAAUCGACUAAUGAGUGCAACUAAAGAGUUUAAAGAAGUCCUGACCAUGAGAACAGAGAAUAUGAAGUUUCAUGAUAAUAGAAGGCAAUUGUUUUCUUCAAAUGCUUCAAAAGAUUCUACAAAUCCUUUUAUUCGCCAGAGACCACUGGCUACUAAAUCAGCAACUUCUUCAUCAACAAGUCCUCCCCCUUGGACUAAUGGUUCCACGUCAUCAUCCCAGUUAUUUUCAAGCAAGCAUGUAGAUGGGGAGUCUCAGCCUUUAUUACAGCAGCCGCAGCAUCAACAGCAACAACACCAGCAGUUGGUUCCCCUGCAAGACAGUUAUAUGCAGAGUCGAGCUGAAGCUCUUCAUAAUGUGGAGUCAACAAUUCAUGAACUAAGCAAUAUCUUCACACAACUAGCAACCAUGGUUUCUCAGCAGGGGGAGCUUGCAAUCAGGAUUGAUGAAAAUAUGGAUGAGUCACUGGCAAAUGUGGAUGGGGCACAGAGCCAGUUGGUACGAUACCUUAACAAUAUUUCAUCUAACCGUUGGCUGAUGAUCAAGAUAUUCUUUAUAUUGAUUGUAUUCCUCAUGUUUUUCUUAUUUUUUGUGGCAUAAAUAUAAAUUUGGUUCGAAUUUUUCAUUCUUUCAAAAUUGUACUUAAAUUGAAAAAAAUUUCUAGUAUUAUUUUUUAUCCGUAUUAUUGUACAUUAGAAUCUUGUAAAUUGUGGUUGGA